CAUCUCGCAUUACUAUAUUAUCUUUGUUUUCCAGGUCAGUGGGAAAGGCUUGUAGACUGUAGCUACCAAGAAAGGGCUUUGAGAAUCCUAGAAACCUGGAUACCAUCAACCGAUCUCCAUCCCAUGAUUCUACGCGGGAUGAUCUCCAAAGCAUACUCUGCUAACUUUCAGCACGAGUCAGUUGCUCCUGUAGUCAAACUGAACGACCAGUUCUAUAUACACGAGCUGUUUCAUGGCCCUACGGCUUCCUUUAAAGACUUAGCCUUGCAACUAACACCACAAUUUUUCAACGAAGCUCUUUCACACAAUUCUGUCACUGAAGGACAUCUUAAGCGUCUGAUUCUGGUUGCGACGUCAGGAGAUACAGGCAGCGCGGUGCUAGAAGGUUUUAAGGACGUGUCCAGGACAGAAGUUCUCAUUCUGUACCCAGACGAGGGUGUCAGUCAGAUACAGAAGGCUCAGAUGGUUUCAGCGGAUAGCCCUAAUACACGCGUUAUCGGUGUCAAAGGUGACUUUGACUUUUGUCAAACUACAAUCAAGACCAUAUUUAAUGACAAGUCGUUCAGCAAGACGCUUGCAGACUCUUAUGACGUACAACUGAGCGCUGCCAACUCUUUAAACUGGGGUCGCUUGUUGCCUCAAGUUGUGUACCAUGCCUCGGCGUACUUGGACCUGGUCAAAUCCGGGGUUAUCUCUAUGGGUGAUAUGGCAGAUUUAUGUGUGCCAACUGGCAAUUUUGGCAAUAUUCUGGCUGCCUACUAUGUCAAGGAAAUGGGGAUACCUUUCAAUAACCUGAUCUGCGCUUCAAACGAAAACAACAUCUUGACAGACUUUUUCCACACUGGUUCAUACGACAUGGGAAAGCGACAUCUUCACCAAACUGUCUCUCCUUCCAUUGACAUUCUGAAAUCGUCCAACCUGGAAAGGUUACUUUAUCACGUAACCGGGAGCAAUGGACAAGUUGUAGCCGGUUUAAUGAGAUCGUUAGAAGAAAACAAGCAUUUUAAGAUUUCUGACGACCUCAGGGGUGAGUUGUCAUCAGUAUUCAAAGCUGACUGGACAACAGAAGACAAGUGUUUGGACACCAUUAGAUCUACGUUUGAACAAACUGGCUAUGUCCUGGACACUCACACGGCAGUGGCUAAAGACGUGGCUGACCGCUUUGUUGAUUCUAACCAACCGCUUAUAAUUUCCGCCACGGCACACUACAGUAAAUUUGCUUAUGACGUACUCAAGGGGUUACGGCAGUUGCCAACAUCACAUGACCCUGUGGAGUUGUUUGCAAGCUUAAGAAAAGUCGCUACCAAGCCUGCGCCGCACAGAAGACUCGAAAAUGCAAUCAGCCGACCACAGGUUCACAAGACAGUGUGCGAGGCUAAUGUCAGUACAGUUAUGGACGAGAUCGAUCGCUUCUUAAGUCGGUGAUAUCGCCGAGGAUUUCAUUUAAAUUUAAUAAAAUGUAUUCUGCCAACUGAAGCAUUCCAAUAUGAACUGAACAGAAGUUUACAAACCUCCUAACAAGUUCAAUAGUGACAACCCUAUAACGUAAGAUUUAUUGUGUAACAAAUAAAGAAAUACUUUAGAAUGGAGGGUUUACUGUUGGAAGACUUUCGUGUCUAAGGCUGUGUUCACAUUUGGUGCCAGAAUAUGAUUCUCGCUGGGACUGAUGUGAACAAACUGAUUGUCCAAGUACUCACACCAGAAUUGGGGCGAAGUGUCCGUGCCCAAGUACAAGGUCUCGACCUUGUGUUUGGGCACUAAAUAGACCAAAAUGGCUGCUAUUUAAAAUUCUUUUGUAUGCAUUUAAAUUAGCCCAACUAACCUCUUUUGAGAGUAAAAAUUCUUUUGAAUUACCAACUCAAAAAUGAGAUUAGCUGGGCUAAUUUUAAUACUUACAAAAGAAUUUUUAAUGGGCAGCCAUUUACGAAUGGGGUCUAUGGUACUUGGGUCCAGUGUCUGAACACAACACUAUUUUCUGCCAGUCCCCAGAAACCAGUUCUUGGAACCAAGUGUGAACACAACCUGAGACUUUAUAGCUCUUUGUGGCUCGUGUCAUUUAUAACUUAGUUUUUAUGGUAUUUUAUAGAUAAAGAAAAAAAGGUAUUGGCAUUAUGAGUCGUUUCACUUGAUUCUGGGAGACUUUCAAGCCCCUCCAUCUUUUUUAAUAAACCUCACAUUUACACAUACAUGUAUUAGUCUUCUAAAGUUCUCCUUGGUUCUUACUGAUCUUCAAUAUUAUAUAGAAAUCACUAGCAAUCCACUGGAUUUUUUUUUCUUUGAAAGCCUUGGAAAUAUUGCCAGGAUUCAUGGACUAUAAUAUUAGCAUUAACAAACAAUGAAUAAGCUACAAACUUCAGGAUCAACUGGCAAGGAGACAAUGCCAAUCAUAGGCCUUUUGCAACACUAGUUGGUCACGUGAGCUUACCAGUAAUUUUCAUGAACACAAAACAAAACCACUUUGGAGAACGACAGCAAUAGAAACAGAGUAAAGAAACAAGCUAGCUAACAGACUUUUUUCUGGCUUAUACAUGUUUCUCCAAAGAGAUGCUAUUUUUAUAGUUGUAAGAAUUAGAAGGAUUUUUGUGAGAGGGACAAGCCUUGCCAUCUAAUUGCACUCUAACACUUUUCUUUACAAAUCUUUGUGAAAUUUAAAAACUGCCAUAAAAUCUAUCCUUUGUGAUCUACUGGUCCUCGUACCCCUGUUUCUUAUGUAAGCAGUUACAUAGCACCAGUGUAUUUUAGGUCUAAGGGAUUAAUUAAAGCAAAUGCUCUUAGAUUGCAUGUCCUCGUCAUUUCUAUAUAAAACAUCCUAAUUUCUCAGAUGUCCAAGUCUUGAAAACUGACAUUCAGCCUAAUGUUAAAAAAAAAAAAAUAGUUUUUCCAUUUCAAGAAAUCACAUGUAGCUCUUGUAACAUGUUAAAUCUUUUACAAGUAGUCAAGUGACCAACAGUUCCAAAAGGCCUCUUAUUAUAUAACUAGUGAAAAGAUGGGUGUGACAAUCAAAAGUGGUGUAGACCAUAUUAUUGGAUAGCAAAACUGCCCCAAGGCUCAGAAAUGCUGGCUACAUUUACUAUUACUAGAAGCUGGGGAACAAAUUGUGUUUUUCUGGCAAAAUUUUUGCCCAACCACUUAAAGAACUUCUGAGUGUUACUUCACAAUCAAACAGUACCACAAUCAUUGUGUCCCAGAGGC